AUGGACGAAUGCGAAAAGAAAAUCAAGAUUGAAGUGAAACAAGAACCCUCGGAUUCAUUGCAAAUCACAGACGAGGAAUCUAAGACAUCCAAUUCCAAAAAACGCGGAUCAAAAUGCAAGCCGCGUGAAUCCUUACCUCAGAAAAACACCUCGAAAAAAAUAAAAACGACUACAUCCGACAUUACCACCGGGAGUUCUAGUGCGACUACUUCCACUUUCACUUCUCCUAGUAAAGAAUCAAGUACCUGUAAAACCGGGAGGAAACCCUCUAGUGCAUGGACAUCCGAGCAGGACAAUCAACUUAUCGACGCAGUACUUUCUCAUCUUGUCGAAGUCCCUUGGGCGGCAAUCGCGUCGGAAAAGUUCCCGGAGCGUGGUCGUGGUGGUUGUUAUAAUCGUUGGCAAACUUUGAAAAAAAGAAUGUAUGUUGCGAAUAGUGAUAAUGUCCGUAAUUGA